AUGCCUCCUAGGAAGAAGCGCAAGAGCGCGCCGGCGCUGACUGUGGUGAGCGCCCCGGACCACAUCAGCGCCCUCCCCGACAGCAUGCUCCACCACGUGCUCUCCUUCCUCCCGGUUCAGGCGGCCGUGCGGACGUGCGUGCUCGCCCGGCGCUGGCGCCACCUCUGGAGGUCCACCACCGGCCUGCGCAUCGUCGGGUUCGACGACAAGAAGCACCUCCAGCACCUCCGGAACUUCAUGCACCACCUGCUGGUCCUGCGUGAGCGCACCGAUCUAGACACCGUCGAGAUCAAGCUCGGUGUAUUCGUGGAAGAAGACCAGACUCACGUGAACCUAUGGACCCGCUUCGCCGUGAUGUGCAGAGCCCGGGCGCUCACCCUCCAUGUCAACGGCCCUCUACGCCUCGACAUGGACGACCUGCCUCUCGUCUCUCGGCAUCUCAGAACGUUGGACCUUCACGAUGUAGACCUACCAAAGAGUUUUAUUGAUUUCGCUGGCUGCCCAGCGUUGGAGGGUCUGAAGAUGAACCUCUGCAGCGUCAGCGUCGGCAGGAUAUCGUCCUGUUCCCUGAGGCAUCUGAGCAUCACCGGCUGCCACUUCGGCUUGGGUCGCUGGGUGAUCGUUUCUGCUCCGGGCCUCGUCUCUCUGACCCUGAAACUAGUCGGAUUGUCGGACACUAAAACGCCUUGCCUUGAGAGCAUGGCGUCGCUAGAGACGGCGCGUGUUUAUCUUGGCCUUAACUGCGCGGAUGUAUGUUUGAAUUACGACGACUAUGGUCAUUUCUGUGGAGCUAAUGAUAAAGCAUGUAACAAUUGUGUUCCCAUUAAGGAUGAUGGCAGCGGCGAUGCUGUGCUUCUGGGUGGUAUCUCAGGUGCUAAACAUCUUGAGCUGAGAUCUCAACCUAGAAAGUUCAUUUUCGCAAGAGAUUUGAAACACUGCCCUACAUUCAGCAAGCUAAAGAGUUUACUACUCAACGAGUACUGGUGCGAGGCUCCUGGUUUGGAUCCACUGCUUUGCAUUCUGAAAAACUCACCAGUUCUGGAGAAACUUACUCUUCAACUUUUUUCCGUGGGACCAAAUAAUAAACUGCAUUUGAAAGGAAGCUACAAAUCAAUGGAGAGACCGUCUGCAAUAUCACGGCACCUUAACAUAGUUGAAGUCAAGUGUGAUGUGGUCGAGGAGAGGAUUUAUAAAGUUAUCAAGUUACUGUGUGCUGCGCUUAACAUACGUGAGCAAACUAAUGACACUUUCCAUGCUCUCUAGCUAUAUUCCAAAAUUAAUUUUCGUGUGUGGGAAGGAAACUUUGUAUUAACCAUAUGUGGGAACGGAAACUAACAAAGCAAAUAGUGAAGUACAAACUUGUGAAUUAGUAUGUAGAAAGAACAGUUUGCAAGGAUUGCAGAUUGUUUGAGCGCAAAAGGAAAAACAACCCAUUUUGUUGGCAGAGGAUGUUUAUUUUAACUGUGUUGCAGAAAGAAACAGAAAGACGCAACUUGUGGGCUUGUUGAUUAGUUCUGGUCUUGUAGGCACUAGCACAAAUUUCUGAAUAGAUUAUUCAGAGUAGUAAUACAGUACCUUCACAUUUUGAUUGGCUCUGAUCAAGCUCAAAUGUAUGUUCAUGCGUACCUUCACUUUGUGUUGUUGAAUAGGAGUAAUAUAUAGUUUGUGCUAAUCGGUAACAAUUUUUGUGGCUCCCUAGACCUGAGCAGCUCCUUGUUCUUAUGGGAUAAAUUAUUCGGUGCUCGGUUUCCUUGUGAUUCAGCACUAAAUUAUUCGCCAUCCUGUGAUACCAGGAUUCACAUAAUAUUUUCUUCAAAAAUAUAAGUCUAUACAUACCAUUUCUAGCAGUAUCUGUGAUGAUUGCUUAUUUCACAUUUCCUUUGCCAUCAGUUUUUUAUGACAUUUUUCUGCAUUUUCAUUUGGGGGCAGUUUAGCUAGAUGUUUUUUGCAUUAGAUUAUCAGCUAGAAAUACCUGUAUGAGAUGUAAUGGAAGUUUGUCCCCAAAUUAAUGUCAAGGUAAGUUGCACAUGGUAAAGCGGUUCUCCUUCAUACUUACCAUACCAUGUCUCGGUAUCUUGGUUUUCAUUGUCAAGUAACUGAACCUUUUUUUUUUACUUCUGCUGAUACACUCAUACACCAAGACUCUUACAUUGGCUUUUCAUUUCUGUACAGGAUUCUUUUUCGAGUAGGGUGAGAAGAUGUGGACCAUUGGUGGAUAUGCCAUGUCUUUGACUAUUCAGAAAUGCAACGCUGAAAGCACAUAUGCUACCACAACGUUUUCGUCCCUUUCAUUUUUUUGGGUAUUAUGGCAGUUCUACCCUGAGAGGAAGAGGGGUAGAAUCGGCAAUAUACACGUUAUGACCUAGGCCAUGUAGCUAGACUUGGUAUUAUCGUAUCCUGCAAUUUUUGUUGCACUUCUGGUUCAUGCUGGAUUUAGUGACCUGGUUAUUGUGUCUACUGUGCCAAGAGGUGUUCCAUCGGUUGGAUGCCACUGAUCUACUGUUCGAUUUUCUGCCUUUUGCCUACGCAUAUAUAUGUCCCAGCCGCCAAUUUAUAGGAGCCGCUGCUUUUAUAUACCCAAGUGGUGAUCUGAAGCAGCUAUAUAUGACACGGCACCAGUGCUUGUGGGGAAUUGGAGAGGCUAACAAGUUGUUUGCCCGUCAGGACUUGUUUGGAUCAAGUUAUGCAAAGAUUGCAAGAAGUUUAUAAUCUUUAUUACUCAUACAAGUAACGUCCUUAGCCAGGAUUCGAUAUUUAGCCAUAUAUAUGUGACUUAUCUGCUCCUUUGCAUCAAACCGUUCGGAUGGCAGAUUUUCAGAAUCUGGGUAUUACGGGUUCCCUUUUAGUUUGUGAGUCCUUGUGUGCAUCCUUUUAGUGUACGCUCAUAAGGAGUAGCAACCAAAUCAAGAAGAAAAAAACAAGCAUACCGUGAAUGAGGAACUUCUCACUUCCAAUCUAGUAGGAGGCUUAUCAUAAAGGGAUUUUAUUCAUUCUUUGAGACAAAAUCAAGUUUUGGGAUGUCAAAGUUGUUUCUUUGCUUCUAAGAAUAUAGAUUCGUCUCCAACCCAGCUCAUGACCAAAGGGCUGGUAAACGUGUUUUUGUAAUCACGAAAAUCAUAAUUUGAAGUCUCGAAAACCAUGCCUUGAGCAAUCCCUACCUUCAAAAAAUGUAAUUAUGACUUGUUCUAAAAAGGAAUAAUUCUAUGUGACAAGCUCAUCAAUACAAGUCGCAUAAACUUGUGUUGCAGAAGUACGUUUUGUGAUUUUCGCACAAGGCCGCACAUUUUUUAUGAAAACAUACGAAGUUAAGCUUGCACCUACUACCUAGAUUACCUUUCCAUUAUUUUUUAACAGUUUUGCUAAAGUACAUCUAGAUGUGACAUAAGUAUUGCAAAACUCAGACAAUUGAUCAUAUGGGUAUUUUUUUUCCUUAUUAUGUUUGAUCGGGUCACUUAGAUGUGCAAUAAUUAGGGCACACCCAUUUUUUAAACAUAGAAAUGUGAUCUUUUGCUCAGACAAUUGAUCAUAUGGAACCCUUGUUGCACAAGAUCAACCGGCGAGCGCCUUGUGAUUGUUGGUUCAGAUCGUCCUCCUUUGUGCUGGCGACCAAUUCUGAAACCCCCAUACCCACAUCUACACGUGCAACAAUUUUGAAAUGUUUGGGAUUGGAAACCUCAUGAUCAAGAGGAAACUCGGUCAGACACCCAAGGAGUUUCCUCGCUCACUCGCCGUCCGUCUGUCCAUCCCCACCCGCUUCCCUCGGUAGCUCACCGGCACGGGCACCAGCACCGGCCAUCAAUGGAGGCCCAAAUAUCUUGCUGCGAUCAAUCAACGCAUCUACAGGGAAAAAAAAUCUACAGGGAGAAUAUAAUCCAGCCCCUCGAUCGGCACAUAUGCUCGAAAAAUCAAAAAGCGCGCAACAGGAUACGAUGCCCCAACCCCUCCGCAUCAUAUCAUCCAGACAAAUAAUGCCCGUGGUACCUAUCCAUCGCCCGCACCGUCCACACCUUGGACGGCGCGCAUCAUCUACAUCUCGCCUAGGCAACACGUAUAAAUAAAACAAAACGAAAAAGGCGAGCUUCUCCAACAGUUUUUAAGCCAUUCUAGAGCAGAUCUCUCUUGCUGGCACUGGGACCUGGCGGCCACACGGCAAGCUUUUAAGCUAAGAUUAGCAAGAUACUCCAUGAUUACCACCAUGGGUCUAAUAAGCUAUGAUAAUGAUUAUCUUCUCCUAUCUUUUGGCGUGGCGCGCUGGUGAUGGAGGACAGCACAAGCAGCUAGAGCAUGUGCAGCAGGGGUCGUUCUCUUUCUCUCUCCCAUGCGCGCGAACGUACGGUCGAGGGCCGCUGGCGCGCCAUCUGGACGACGGCCAAAGCAAGCACAGGAUUCGGAUAGACAAGGCAGGCGGAGGACACUGACACAGGCAUGCGACACAGUGCCCUCCGGCAGACUAGCGGCAUUGACCGGCCAGUAAAAACUGGAGCACGAGAGCGCGCACCAGAUCGGAUUGACACCUGACGGCGACCCUUCGGCGCAUGCCUCUGCGGGGCCGACACACAGGUCACGGGCCGUCUCGUUGCGCUAAAAAUAGCCUACGUCCAUAUACACCACACAUAAAUCAAUAAAAUUAUACCAGUAGCACUCCUGAGAAAACAUACAGCUAGUACACAGCUACCGGAUUAAACACUCUGCAGCCGGCCAGACGGCCAGUGUGCUCUGCCUUUCCUUCCAUCCCAUCGGCCAACUGUGCUGCGCAUGAACGUUCUAUCCUAUCCUCAUCUACACGCCCCACCAAGACGCAACACUAAUGCUAUGCCGUCCCAGACUAUAAUUCAAGUGAUUAAGCACAAAAGGCACAGGUGGGGAUUGAAAUUCAGUGUCUAACAGCAGAAAAACUCAGGGUUACAGACCUAUCACAACAGCAAUCCAGAAAUAAAUCCCAGAAAACAAAGAUGUAAAACAACUUCUGUAUUGUGCUGGAGAUGUAUAUGGACCAGCACGGGCCAAAAAAAUCAUGAGCAGAGCCAGACACAGUACAAGCUUAAAGACAACGCAACCACUAGACACUGACAGGAAAGUGGAUCCAAAAACAGCACCAGACAGGGCAUGACACCCCAUGGUUGGGGAACUGACACCAUUGCUUACCCCAGAUUGACGCUUUCCCCGGAUUAAAAGGGUAGAUCGCAAAUCCAGUAAAAACUUUACCCUCCACUACGCAGCCCAGACAAAACCUCACUUUCCCCACGCAAAAACCUCAGCAGAUGAAAGUACCAGCACUAGUUAAUCGCCUUCCAAACUCUACUUUAACAUAAUCAUAAUCAAUUAACAAACAGGAUGUCAGACAGAGGUAAUAGUUCUACCACUAGAGCAGAGAUCUGACCUGACAAGAGAGAAUUCAUUCAUUCACUCAUGGAGGAUGAUAAUAACGACCGGCAUCUUUUACUUCAUCGAUGAAACCAAAAAACAGAGAUGUGUUGCAAUCUCCUCAUCAUCACCACACAAAAAUCACCAAUAAUCCAUCAUCAUCACGAC